AUGAAAAUCGAAGAGCUUAUUAUCGAUGGAUUUAAGUCAUAUGCGGUGCGAACCGUAAUUAGCAAUUGGGAUGAUCAGUUUAAUGCCAUCACAGGACUUAAUGGAUCAGGGAAAAGCAACAUUUUAGAUGCCAUUUGCUUUGUUCUUGGUUUAACAAAUAUGAGCACUGUUCGUGCUCAGAAUUUGCAGGAUCUUAUUUAUAAACGAGGCCAAGCUGGUAUAACAAAAGCAAGCGUAACAAUUGUUUUUAACAAUCGGGAGGCGUCUGCUUGCCCUAUCGGCUUUGAGGAUCAUCCUCAAGUCAGUGUUACCAGACAAGUUAUUAUGGGUGGUACCAGCAAAUAUUUAAUCAAUGGUCAUCGUGCUCUACAGCAGAAUGUACAAAACUUGUUUCAGUCUGUUCAAUUAAAUAUCAAUAAUCCAAAUUUUUUAAUUAUGCAAGGACGGAUCACAAAAGUUUUAAACAUGAAAUCCACUGAAAUUUUGUCUAUGAUUGAGGAGGCUUCUGGAACAAGGAUGUUUGAAGAGCGAAAAGAAAAAGCAUUUCGUACAAUGCAGAGAAAAGAGGCUAAAGUUGAAGAAAUCAACACUCUUCUGCGCGAAGAAAUUGAACCGCGACUUGCUAAAUUACGAUCAGAGAAGAAAACAUUCUUGGAAUAUCAACAGGUAUAUAAUGACAUAGAAAGAUUAAGUCAGCUAUGCGUUGCAUUCGAUUACCAUAAUUUGUCGCUCAAGCUAGAGCAUCUCGAGAAACAAGUUUACCAGAAACAAAGCGGCAUCGCGGAAACUGAAUCGUCCAUCUCAAAAUCUAAAGAGGAAAUUAAGUUUUUAGAGAAGCAAGUAAAGGACUUAGAGAAACUUUGCUCUUCUCAGAUGAGUGCUUCCUCUGAAUAUGCUUCCUUAGAUAGCCAGUUACAGACAACAACUGAGAAAAUUACACGCCUUAGCACUUCUAUAGAGAUUAAGCAAUCUUCUAUGCAAGAAGAGAUAAAAAAUCUCAAAAAUCUAAAAGAAAAGCGAACGAAAGCUGACUCUCUGCGCGACAUUAAAGAAAAUAAUUUUCAGAAAUCACGUUUACAAUAUGAGCAAAAAAACCGGGAUUAUCAGCAAACUUUGGCCGCUGUCAAAUCCCAAGAAGAACUAAUCUCUUCUCUAAGUACCGGUCUUUCUUCUAGCGAAGGUCACGAAAUUGGGUACUCUAAAAAGCUACAUGAGGCUAGAGAUGAAUUGAACCAGCUGAAUGCCGAAAAGGAGAUUGAGCGUAUGAAGCUUAAAAACCUCUCGAAAAGGAUAUCUGAAUUAGAACCGAGAAGACCAGAGGCAAAUAAACGACAACAGCAAAUUGAAAAACAAGUUGCUCAGUUGCAGCAAGAUGUAACCAAAAUAGAAUCUCGUUUAGAAAGAGGGGCUCACGAUUCCACCAAAGAAAAGAUUUUGCGACAAAAUCUAGACCAGCUACGUAAAGAGAGAGAACAACUUUCCGAUGAGGUGGAUACCCUUCACAGUCGCUUGGCUUACUUGGAUUUUAGGUACACGGAUCCUAUUCCAAAAUUUGACCGUUCAAAAGUUAAAGGAUUGGUUGCACAGCUUUUCAAUCUCAACAAGGAAAAUUACGAUAAGCAAACGGCUUUGGAGAUUACCGCCGGUGGUCGCUUAUAUAAUGUUGUCGUCGAGAAUGAAAGAGUAGGUGCACAACUUUUGCAGAACGGAAAUCUUAAGAAACGUGUAACCAUGAUUCCUCUAAACAAGAUUUCUAGCUUUGUUGCUUCUGCUGAACGCGUCGGUGCUGCUAAGAAUAUUUCAAACAAUCGAGCUUCUUUAGCUUUAGAGUUCAUUGGUUACGAAGAAGAGCUGUUACCAGCCAUGCAAUACGUGUUCGGUGCUAGUCUUAUUUGUGAUGAUCCAGAUGUUGCUAAGAAAGUGACAUUUCAUCCCAACGUUCGUUUAAAAAGUGUGACUACUGAUGGAGACGUUUAUGACCCUUCUGGUAUAUUGACUGGUGGAUCAGUAAACAAAACCGCCGGACCUCUCUUGCAAUUACAAAAACUUCGUGAAGUUUCUGAAAAGUUGAAAGAAAUAGAAAGUGAAUAUUCAACUGUAAAGCAUGAACUAACGAAUGUCGCUGCUGGAAAUGCUCAAUUCCAUCGGCUUGAGCAAGAACUUCAGCUGAAGCGACACGAGCUAUCGUUGAUGGAGGAACAAAAGGUAAAUGAUCCCUUAUGUCGUCUUCUUAUAGAACAUCGUGAUUGUAAAGAGGAGCUUUCCUCUUUGCGCCAGAAAAUGCCAAAUCUUGACGAGCGUAUACGAGAGAAAGAAACCUCAAUAAAUAAAAUCGAGAGAGACAUGUUUGAGUGGAAAAAUAACAAAGGCUCAAAAAUGACUGAGCUUCACAGUGAGCUCAAUAAGUUAAAAGAAAAGUUGCUUUCCAGUACCAAAGAUGUUGAGGAGGUAGAAAAUGAACUAAAUGGAGCAAAGUUAGAUCGAGAAAGCUUUAACUCUGAGAUACUGCGCUUUACCGAUAAUGUAUCAUCUUUUGAAAGUAGCAUUUCGCACUUAAAAGAUGAACUGAGCGAAUUAGAAGUAACCUUGAAUGACCAACAAAGACUUCGUAAGUCAUUGGUUGAAAAGCUUGAGCAGGAAACUCAACGAUAUUCUGGGAUUAAUAACGAAUUGAAUAAGUUUAAGACCAAACUGAAAGCCGUAGAUUCUUCUGUCAAUGAUCUACAACUGGUCGGUCAAAAGUUCAAACAUGAGCAUGACCGGUUGGAACGUGAAAAGAAUGUUGCGGAGGUAGCAUUGCGACAAUUAGACAAGGAACAUCCUUGGAUUCAAGAUCGUAAACAAACUUUCGGUCAAGAGGCUACUAUGUUUGAUUUUCGUGCUCAAAAUUUACGACAGUGUAAAGAACAAUUGGCUGCUUUAAAACCCAAGUUUGCUAGUAUGAGGAAGACGAUUAAUCCAAAAGUAAUGGAUAUGAUUGAUGGUGUUGAGAAAAGAGAAGCAAAACUGAAAGCUAUGAUAAGAACUAUACAUCGGGACAAGCGCAAAAUCCAAGAAACUGUCUACAGUAUUGAUAAAUUUAAAAAGCAAGCCUUGGAAAAAACCUGGAUUGAAGUCAAUGCAGCCUUUGGCGAAAUAUUCGACGAACUUUUGCCCGGAAAUAGUGCUGAACUUCAACCACCAGAAGGAAAGGAAUUUACUAGUGGAUUAGAAAUUCGAGUACGAAUCGGCUCAAUAUGGAAAGAUAGUUUGGCCGAACUUAGUGGUGGACAGCGAUCUUUAGUCGCUUUGGCACUCAUUAUGUCUUUGUUGAAAUAUAAACCAGCUCCUAUGUAUAUUCUCGACGAAAUAGACGCCGCACUAGACUUGAGUCAUACCCAAAAUAUUGGACGCUUAAUAAAAACCAAGUUUAAAGGAUCACAGUUUAUUGUCGUGAGCUUAAAAGAAGGAAUGUUUACCAAUGCUAAUCGAUUAUUUCAUGUACGAUUUAUGGAUGGGAAUUCAGUUGUACAAACGAGGUAA